UGACGCUGGGCAAUUCACUUAGUCAUCUCUGCCUCAGUUUCCUUGUCUGUUAAAGUGGAGAUAAUGAAAGAACUUCCCUCACUAAGCCAUUGUGAACAUUAAGGGAGCUGUACAUACAGCUGUAGUACCUAGCACAGAAAUGCGUUCAAAAGUGAUCAUUAUUAUGAUUCCCACGGUCCACGAGAAGUGUACAAGGGUUCAGGCACAAGUCCUGAACUAAAGAAAUGGAAAUGGAAGGAGGAAAGGGCGGCUAAAGAGGGACUCAUCCUUAUAGGAUCGCUUGAUUAUUGUGUAUAAAGUUAGAGAAACUGGCGAGGCACCCACCCCAGGUGGCGCGCUGGCGCUCUGCCUCGGCGUCCUCGUUGCCCGUGGCAACCGGCAGUCCCUACCUCUGGCCCGGUAGGCGCUGCGCAGGGGCAGCAAGAUGGCUGUGAGCUCCUGGUCCUCAGAGCUGGGGUUCGGCAGCGAGAAGGCGCUGCAGGCGGCCGCUGUCUCCACUGGCCCCUCCCUGGAAUUAUGCACCUUCCCCUCCACCCUGGGCUCCUCGGUCGCGGCUGCCGCCCUGGAGCAGCUCUUUGUUGUCGAACAAUCACUGCAAAGUGACUACUUUAAAUGCAAUGAAGAAGCUAAGACCUUUCUUAAGGACGUUGCUAUUGCUGUUAAGAAAUUGGAAGAAAUGAGAAAAUCCACAAUUGAUCUUCUGGAAAUUGAAAGCAUGGAACUCAGCCGACUAUAUUUUCUACUGGAAACUCUUCCCACUAGUGUUAGCAGAGAAUUCGAAGAAUGUGUCAGGGAUGCCCGAAGAUUAAAUCUUGUUGAGAUAAAUCAAUUACACAUGAAAAUUACGAGGAUAAAUGAUGAAAUAGAGUUUCUGAAGAAGAAAAUACUUGAUCUGAAAAAAAUUAAUAAAGCUCUGGGUGAACAGCAAGAGGAACUAGCGAGGCAUUAUGAAAAUGUUGUCCUGUCACUCAACCAUGCGAUGAAAGAAAAAGCCACUACCACUGUUUACAUCAAUGAGACUUAUACCAAAAUUAACUCAGAGAAGAAAGAACUAGAAUUGCAAAGACAAUAUAUUCAAGAAGUAGAGGAGCAAAUGGAAAAAGAAAAAGCAGAAUAUUUGGGAAAAAAACAAAAGUUGAGUCAAGAGGUUCUUAGUGAUCACAAUUUAGAGAUAUCACAACUACAAGAAUCAAUAAGACAUUGGGAACAACAGGUUGAAGACGUGAAGAAAUCCUGUAAGAUCCUGGAGGAUAAAAUGCUUUUCUUUAGGAAUAACAAGGAAAAACUGGAUGAUGCCUCUAAUUUUGAAAAAAAUGAAUUAUUGCUGAAGAUAAAACAGAUGGCUGAAAAGCUACACAAAUGUCAUUUCGAGAACAAAGAUCUACGAGAGAAACUGCAUACUGUUUCGAGACAAUAUAAGAUUGUCCUAAAUGAGGAGGAUAAAGUUUUUAUGCAGAAACAGAAAAUUUAUUCUGAAAAUCAGAAACAACUGGCAUUUAUAUCUCAGAAAGAAAACGUCCUAUCAAAAAGAAAAGUAGACAUCAAAAAUAUGGAAGAAGGACUUAUCAGACUCAGUGAGCUUCAUCGAGCAACAAAGGAAGUAUAUCGGAAACAAAUAAAAGUCCUGAACGAUAACCUGGAAAGAAAAAAUCAGAGAUGUAUUGUAACUCAGUGGAAAAUAGCUUGUUUGCUAAAAAAACAUGCACGUUGGACCAACAUGAUAAGGGCUGAAAUACAAGAAAUUAUGGAUAAAAUUCAGGAUGCUGAACUUAGACGCAGUGAAUUAUUACAAGAGACCAGUUUUAGAGAAAAUGAGAUCAAUGAGUUUUUGGCACAGAUCGAACAACUUACAUUAGAAUUAAAACAAGAGGAAGAGGAAUUUGUUGCCAAAGAAAAAAAGUUAAUUCGAGAGUUGAGCAAGUAUGAGCAAAGAUUCGCUGAGGAAACACAAAUUAACAAAGAAAAGGAAGGUGAACUAGUCGAGUGUCUUCCACAGCUUCAGGUGGCAGAAGAAGAAUACACGGACAAAAACAGACAGUUUGAAAAUCUCAUUGAUGUUCUUACAGCACAAAAGCAGGAGCAGAAUUCACUGAAUGAUCACAUUUCUCAAUUGUCAAGAGACUUUUUAAGAUACCUUGACAACACGAAUAAAGUGAAGCAAGAAUUAAAACAAUUAAGAGAUCACGAAAGCCAUAAAAUCAAAGCUCAUUUUGAAGUUCUAAAGCACUUAGAAAAUGAAAUCUACGUACAUGACCUAAAAACAGAUGAUUUGCUCUUGGAAAAUAAAAGAUUAAAAGAGUAUAUUGCGUGCAUAAAGAACAGCACAGAGCAACACAGAAAGGGAGCAGAAGACCUCAUGUGCACCUCAAGUGACCUGUCGUCUCAGCUGACAGCUCUUCAGACACAAUAUUCGGAUUUGUGGACUGGAUUUUGGACUACACUUAAGGAAUUGGUAGAGAGUGGUAAUGAGACCUUGCAAGAAAUAAAAAAUCUGAUAGAGAAGCUGUAUGAAAGAGAUGAAAAAAUUGAGCAAAUCAGUAUUUGGCUUCAAGAGGACAUUGAAGAGAUGCGUUUUCUUAUGGAACAGGAAUCGCAGACGGACCUUCUCAGAAUUUUACAGGUGGGGUAUGAGAGCUAUGAGAGAACCUUAGAGGGAGAGAGACUUGACCUAGUUAAGGAAUCGGGAGAGGUCUCUGGAGAACUGGAAAUGGAGCUGAGAUGUAAAGGAGGAUUUCUGGAUUCCCUUACUCCACUUGUUUCUGCUCCUGGAGCACUGGCACCACAUGGGCUUUGGAGGAAGGUGGACCUGGGAUCAAAUCUCAGCUCUGCUUCUUACAUGUUAUUUAACUUCCACUCUUCAGUUGCCCUGGUUAAAUAUGAAUGCUAA